ACCAGUAAAACUACCGCGCAGUGUAACGAAGAAAGCAAAAGCGUCACAUGAGAUUUACCGGAACUCUUGACUUCUCUGUUUUUUCUUACUGAACGUUUACCUUCUGCACCGACGACGAGCUGCUCAGAAGCCUAAAACUUUACACUUAAUGUCGAAGCUGAGUUGGUGCUGAGUGUCAUUAUGAGAUGUCGUCUCCAAGCGCCUCCUUCGUGCAAAUCAAGUUUGAUGAUAUUCACUUCUAUGAGAACUGUGGCGGCGGCAGCUUUGGAAGUGUGUACCGAGCCAGGUGGAUCUCCCAGGACAAAGAGGUUGCGGUGAAGAAGCUGCUCAAGAUUGAAAACGAGGCUGAAAUUCUCAGUGUCCUCAGCCACCGUAACAUCAUCCAGUUUUAUGGUGCGAUUGUUGAGGCUCCCAACUAUGGAAUUGUCACUGAGUAUGCAAGCGGUGGAUCGUUGUAUGAUUACCUGUCCAGUGAUGAGAGUGAGGAAAUGGACAUGGGGCAGAUCAUGACAUGGGCUGCAGAGAUUGCCAGAGGAAUGCACUAUUUACAUUCAGAGGCCCCCGUUAAGGUGAUCCACAGAGACUUAAAGUCCAGGAAUGUUGUUUUGGCAGCAGACAAGGUUCUCAAGAUCUGUGAUUUUGGGGCAUCCAAAUUUCUGACCCACACAACACACAUGUCCUUGGUGGGCACAUUUCCCUGGAUGGCUCCAGAGGUGAUCCAGAGCCUGCCUGUGUCUGAGACUUGUGACACUUUCUCCUAUGGUGUGGUGCUUUGGGAAAUGCUCACCCGUGAGAUACCCUUCAAAGGCUUGGAAGGUUUACAAGUGGCCUGGCUUGUGGUGGAAAAAAAUGAGAGGUUAACCAUCCCUAGUGGCUGUCCUUCCAGCUUUGCUGAGCUCAUGAGGAACUGCUGGGCAACAGAGGCAAAAGAAAGGCCGAUGUUCAAGCAAAUCCUGUCUACUUUGGAGUCCAUGUCUAAUGACAGCCAACUUCCUCAACAGUGCAACUCUUUCCUUCACAACAAGGCUGAAUGGAGGUUUGAGAUUGAAGCUACACUUGAGAGACUUAAGAAGCUGGAGAGAGACUUGAGUACCAAAGAGCAGGAGCUCAAGGAGCGGGAGCGGCGUCUAAAAAUGUGGGAGCGCAAACUCAUCGACCAGUCCAACAGCCCAUUGCUGCCCACCCUUGACAUCUAUACAUGGACAGAGGAGCAUGUGUAUUUCUGGAUGCAGCAAAUGUUUGGCGCAGGGGAAGGUACAUGUGGCAUGCAGCUGUAUGCUGACCUGUUUAAAGAAAAUCACAUUACCGGAAGGAGGUUGCUGUUGCUCACAGAAAACGACAUGCGGGACAUGGGGGUCAAGUCCAAAGGUCACGUCAUGCACCUGAAGGGUGAAAUUGAAAAGCUAACUAAUGAUUACCUUGGGUUCGUCCACUUCCCGCCUCUGUUGAAGGAUGAGCUGGAAAAGGAGGUGGAGAGGAGUAAAACUGUAAACCUGGAGCUGGUGUUUGGGUACCACUGGAAACCCGGAACUGGCAGAUCUGACUGCAAAUGGAAGAUAUAUAUGGAACUUGAUGGAGACGAUGUCGCAGUAACCUACAUCAAAGAUGUCAUCUUUAAUGCCAACCGACAGGAUGUGGAAAUCCUGCGGAUGACUAAGCCGCCUUUUGUGAUGGACAAAUGGAUUGUUGGAAUACAGCAGAACCAGAGAGUGGACUACACAGUCAAUUAUGAGAAUGAUGUCAAGUCACCAAAGUCUACCAGACACAGCUGUCCAGUGACGUGGAGUCUCGUUGGUGGACAAGACGAGAUCAAGACUGUGGAGCUCGUCAUUGAAACAGCACCAGCUGACAUAGACUGUAACCCCGGGGACAAGUCUAACUCAGAUAUUGAUCCCAUAUGGAUGUACAAUGUAAGGCGGAGGCAGAGGCAGAUGAUGACCCAGAAAUCUCUGCAGACGACUGCUGCUCUGACUGCCUUCACUAGCUCUGAUCCCCUCACUCUGCCUCACUUCCUGUCUGCACAUGAAAGCCAUGGGUUUUCUUAUGCUGCAGCUGUGCGUCGCUCUCCAAACCGCAUCCAUGUACCUCCCUGGAUCGACUCACGCAGUUCCUCGCCAACUGCCAGCCUGUCGGCCAAACUCUACCCACUCCAUCUUGGGUCAAAGGGCAGCAGCCCUUCCAGCACAACGUCAGAGAGCGCCUCAGAGAGGGAACGAGAGCGCCCGCUUAGUGCUGGAGCAGUGCAUGACCGCCGCAGAAACAACAACUUUGGCAACACAUUAUCUGUGGGAGGGGGGCAGGGUAGGGGACAUGCAUGGACCAAUAAUAGAGGUAGCUAUGUUCAUAAUAAAACCAGCAAGUCCUCACGGCAGCCAGGUCGCCCAAGGUCCAACAGUUACAGUGUCACACCAAGUAUACCAGGUAUAUCAUCUGUGACAGAAAACCCUGGUGAGGAAAAAGAGGGCGCCAAAGCCAGCGAUGGAGGGUGGAUCAAAGUGGAGCGACAGAAAAGAUUACCACGUCAGGACAAUAAACAAGUCAGAGGUCGACAGAGGAAAGGGGGCAGGGGAGGGCGUGGCAUCAGUGGAAGAACGUAAUGUGAGCCACAAAUGAACUGACAGCUUCUUUUAUGCUGUUAUAACAUGUUAUGCACUGAAAAGGUUUUACAUAUGUCUGCAUAAUGCAUUUUCAAACAUAAACUACAUACUGUAGAUAAUCACACUGAUGCCUACAAUGUAUGUAUAAAUAGUACCAUGUGUGUUUAUUUAAAAACUGGCUCCUGUCAAACUAAUAAAAAUGUGUGACAAUGGUUAAA